AUGUUUAGGUGGUUCCAUGAAAAAUUCAUUGGUGGCAUGUUACCACUACAUCCACCAAAAUCUCGCAAGUUCGAAUUCUUGUUCCCUCCUCGCUUGCAUUCUUCUCCUGCGUGUUGUUCCCUUCUCUCUGAAACCUCUCUUCAAUUCCAUGCCAUUUCUUCGUACCGUUGUGACGCUCUUCUGUCUACUCUACUCAUUGCUCUAAAAUCUUCAUCUUCUGUCUCCUGCUGCAGGAUCAUUCAUGCCCGAGUGAUCAAAUCUCUGGAUUACAGGGAUGGGUUUAUCGGUGAUCAGUUGGUAUCAUGUUACCUCAACUUGGGCUCCACCCCAGAAGCACAGAAAUUGUUUGAUGAAAUGCCCAAGAAGGAUUUUGUCUCCUGGAAUUCUUUGAUAUCUGGUUUUUCGAAAAGGGCACACCUUGGUGAUUGCAUGAGUGUGUUUUCUACAGUGAAAUCUGAACUGGCAUUGGAAUUGAAUGAGCUUACGCUCAUAUCUGUUAUCUCUGCUUGUGCUUCUGCGAAAGCCCAGGAUGAAGGUCAGUAUCUUCAUUGUUAUACACUGAAAUCGGGUAUGGAAUUGGAGGUGAAGGUUGUUAAUGCUCUGAUGAAUAUGUAUGGAAAGUUUGGCUGUGUUGACUCUGCAUUCAAGCUGUUUUGGGCAAUGCCAGAGCAGAAUAUGGUGUCGUGGAAUUCAAUGGUGGCUGUUUGCACCCAAAAUGGAAUCCCUAAUGAAGCUGUUAAAUAUUUUAAUAUGAUGAGGUUGAAUGCACUUCUUCCUGAUGAAGCCACAAUGGUGAGCUUGCUUCGAGCCUCUGAAAAUUUGCCUUUAGGAAGAUUGGUAGAGGCCAUACAUGGUGCGAUCUUCACCUGUGGUCUUAAUGAAAAUAUAAAAAUUCUGACCACCCUUUUGAACUCGUAUUCAAAGUUAGGGAGAUUUAAUGCUUCUCGUAAGAUCUUUGCCGAGAUAAGUAAGCCCGAUAAAGUGGCUUGGACUGCAAUGCUUGCAGGCUAUGCCAUGCAUGGGCGUGGAAAAGAAGCAAUAGAAUUCUUUCAAAGGACAGUAAGGGAAGGUAUGGAGCCUGAUCAUGUUACUUUUACUCAUUUAUUAAGUGCUUGUAGCCACUCCGGGCUUGUCAAGGAAGGUAAGUACUACUUCCAAAUCAUGUCCGAUGUUUACAGAGUUCAACGCCGAAUUGAACAUUAUUCAUGUAUGGUUGAUCUUCUUGGCCGCUGUGGUCGUCUCAAUGAUGCUCAUGAACUGAUUAAGAACAUGCCAUUAGAGCCAAAUUCUGGAGUCUGGGGUGCCCUUCUUGGUGCUUGUAGAAUUUAUGGUAACAUUAAUUCGGGGAAGGAAGCUGCAGAGAAUUUGAUUGCGUUAGAUCCGUCAGACCCUAGAAACUAUAUCAUGCUUUCCAACAUAUAUUCUGCUGCAGGUCUGUGGAGUGAUGCAUCAAAAGUGAGGGCUUUAAUGAAGACUAAAGUUCUUACUAAAAACCCGGGAUGCAGUUUUAUUGAGCAUGGGAAUAAAAUCCACCGUUUUGUGGUGGAUGAUUAUUCUCACCCUAUUUCAGACAAAAUACAUAAAAAGCUGGAAGAGCUUAUGAGAAAAAUUCAAGAGGUUGGCUUUGUGUCUGAAACCGAAUCCGUUCUCCAUAACGUUGACGAGGAGGUAAAAACAAAUAUGAUUAACAAGCACAGUGAGAAGAUAGCUCUUGCAUAUGGACUUUUGGUUAGUCGCGCUGAUAUGCCAUUAGUUAUAAUAAAGAAUCUCAGAAUAUGCCGUGAUUGUCACAACACUGCAAAAUUUGUCUCGCUGAUAGAGAAGCGUACUAUCAUGAUUCGAGAUUCAAAGAGAUUUCACCACUUUUCAAAUGGAUUAUGUUCUUGUGGUGAUUAUUGGUAA